AUGUCCCGCAUCAACCUGAACAUCUCCGCCCUCUUCCCCAGAAACAAAUCCGCAGAGUCGCUCGCGCCGCCGCCGCCGUCCGCAUCCGGGCCGACUGCGCUGCGCAAGCUGUCCUCUCUGGGCGAUAUCAGAGCCAAAGGGAUGGGGACGCGGAUGGGAAUGCCGUCGAUCGCGAGCGUCCUGUCCAGCAGCACCCGCACCGUCGCGGUGCCUCAGAGUCAAACCUCAGUGCCAGACACCAGCAUCGCGAUACGCAUCACCAAGACCCGCUCGCACAUCACCUCGUCGCAAAUGCCGACGGGCCCGUUCGCGCUGACGCGCGCGCGGAUGGAGGAGGAAGACGAGCGCGCGUUUAAAGUGGGCGAAGUGGCGUGGGCGCGCGGCCCGAAUGGGAAGUGGAGGCGGGUGAUCGUGGUGGAUGGGGGGCGGUGGGAGCUCGGGGACGACGACGUGAGUCUACACACCGCUCUCGAGGGUGCGCAAAAGCUGAUUGAAAGGCGACAGAUACUGGAAGGGCGGCAGGGUUUGGAAGGGCGGCAGCGGACGGCGCACAGGUACUACGGCGCGACGUGGAGCGUGGACCGGAUGACGUUCCGCGCGAGCUUCGCGCCGGCGCGGGGCGAGAUGUUAAGGAACUGUGUGGAGGUGAGGGGCUGGUUGAGUCGGGAGCGGUGGGGCGAUGUGUGCGAGGGGGAGAAGGGGGCGCUGUAUUGCCAUUUUCCGAGGGGCGCGCUUGGGCUUGAGGGGGCGGAGUGA